AUGCUGAAACAAAACAGAACAAAAACAACAACAACAAAAAUGGACAUGAUUCCAGGAAAAAUCCGAAAACGAGGAUGUUCCUCAUCCGCUUCAUCGUCUUCCUCCGUGAUCCAAAACUACCGAUUCAAACGCGCUAUCCUCGUAGGCAAAAGAGGCGGAUCCACUACUCCCGUACCCACGUGGAAGCUUCUGAGCUCGAGAUCUCCGGCGGCGGCCAUGCGGAUAGUUGAAUCGCCGAGGCAUCCGCCGUCGCAAUCGGCUGGUAAAUCGAGACAGGUUCCGGUAUCGGCGAGGAAACUGGCGGCCACGCUUUGGGAAAUGAAUGAGAUUCCUUCGCCUAGUGUGAAGGAAAUGCGCGAUCAUGCGAAGAUGAAGAAAGAGGGGAAAUUGAAAGAUAGGGUUUCGACUGUUAGGUCUAUUCGUUCUGGCUCUUUGCCUCCUCAUUUGUCUGAUCCAUCGCAUAGUCCUCCAUCAGAGAGAAUGGAUCGAUCUGGAAUUGGUAAUCGGCAUAGAAGAACGCCAAGCAAUUCUCAUAGGAUGAGGAUAGCAGAACACCAUGUUGGACCUUUGGAUUCUCUUAGUAAUGCCAGUGUUAUGGAGAUUGAAACCAGAUCUCGAGCGCAGACCCCUGCUUUAUCUACGGUGGGAGCUAAACCGCGUUUGAAAGAUGUCAGUAAUGCUUUAACAACAUCGAAAGAGCUGCUUAAAAUUAUAAACCGCAUGUGGGGUCAUGAAGACCGUCCUUCUUCUAGUAUGUCCCUUAUCUCAGCUCUGCAUGCUGAGCUGGAGAGGGCUCGACUACAGGUCAAUCAGCAUAUCCAGGAACAACGGUCAGAUCAGAACGAGAUAAACUAUUUGAUGAAGUGUUUUGCUGAAGAAAAGGCUGCUUGGAAAAGCAAGGAGCGAGAAGUUGUCGAGGCUGCAAUUGAAUCUGUUGCAGGAGAGCUUGAUGUAGAGCGGAAGCUUAGGAGACGGUUGGAAAGCUUGAACAAGAAGCUUGGGAGAGAGCUGGCUGAGACCAAAGCAUCCCUUCUUAAGGUGGUGAAAGAACUUGAAACCGAGAAGAGGGCGAGAGAAAUUAUCGAAAAAGUAUGCGAUGAGUUAGCAAGAGACGUUGAUGAGGAUAAAUCUAAGAUAGAGAAACAAAGGAGAGUAUCAACAAAAGCUUGUCAGGAGGUAGAGAGGGAAAAAGAAAUGAUGCAAUUAACCGAUAUGUUACGUGAGGAGAGAGCUCAAAAGAAACUCUCCACGGCAAAAUAUCAGCAUGAGGAAAAGAAUGCUGCCGUUGAUAUGCUCAGGAAUCAGCUUGAAGCUUUUCUAGGAAACAAACAAGUUAGAGAAAAGGGACGGAGUUCCACUCACUUGAAUGAUGAAGAAAUUGCUGCAUAUCUGGGAAGAAGCAGAUUAAGCAACCAUCUUACAGAAGAUAAAGAAGACGAUCAAGGGGGGGUUGAUAAUGGAGUGGAAUGCGAAGAGGAAUCUGGGGAAAGCGACCUGCAUUCUAUAGAGUUAAAUAUGGACAACAACAACAAAAGCUAUAAAUGGACCCACCCUUCCGAAGGUAGGAAGUCUAACUCUGGGAGAGCUUCUAGGAUAAGCACAUCUCUGCAAAGAAGUAUAUCAGAUGGAGUGGAAUGGGGAGUCCGAGGUGAUGAGAAGCUCCAAACUUCAGGAGAUGGCAUAGAUUGGGAAAGCUUUUAUGAACUGGAGAAGCAAGCUCAAAGAAAAAGUCACAGCGAUGAAAUGCAAAGCUAUAAAUCGGUGAAGGGUUUAAAGGACCAGAUAUUGGCUGGUUCCAGGCUCGGAUCUUCUAAGGGUUAUGCCAGUCCAACCAGACAAUUUUCACAACCUUGGCCGUCACGAGAUCCCACAAAUACCUUCCAAGAGAGGCAUGCUACAAUGCAAAGUUCUGGUCAAAAAUCAAGGUUAGGGGAAGCCAGAGGCGAAUCCCUGAAUGUAAGGAAACCUAAAAGGUGA